UAUCAAUUUCAUGCUUCAUAAGUGCCAUCAAUAAAAAAAUUUAAAAUAAUAAUAAAUAUAACUGCCAUGAGAGAUUUCCCUUUUGAAUAUAUUCUUAAGCAUGGAUUGAUGAGUUUUUUUAUUUUUUUGCCUUGAAGAGUGGAUGACUUUGUAUUUUCAUUUAUAAUGACAAAUAAUUUGAUUGUGCCUAUUGUCUAGAAUUUGUAUUUCAUUUUUACACUUUUUUUAGCAGAUAAAUAUAUGCAUAAAAAAGAAAGUCUUUUUUAUACCGGGCAAAUCGGAGGCGGUUCUUUUGGGUCGGACCGUUCAACCCGAAAUUGAAUACCCCGUUGCUCUGGUCCAAUUUCUUCUUCCUGCUGCUGCUUCUCAAUAGGGUUUAGGAAAGCUUGAGGAUUUUCAUACUGGAAUGGCAUCAAAAGCGUUUCUCAGAAUUGGCACUUCAAUGUUCAAUCGGGUUUCACAUUCAUUUCUUCACCAAGCGCUGUACUCGACUGACAAAAUUGCUUCUCGUAGCCUCGAUAUCACUCCCAGGCUAUUCCCAUCCGUCUCCAAGCUCCCUAGUUCUUUCGAGAUGCCCAAUAGCGAACUCGAACAUCUCAGCAAGUUCUCCUCAGGUGGCAUCGUGUAUCCUUGCGGACUGCCCUCGCUUCGGUUCUUCUUACCCGACGGGGCUGGUUCAUCAGAAGAGCCAAUGCUCUUAUUUCCGAAAAGAACAUUCCAACCUAGCCUUAUACGGCGAAAGAGAAAUCAUGGAUUUUUUGCCCGCAAGGCAACCAAGGGUGGCCGAAAAGUCAUUGCUAGAAGAAUAGCGAAGGGCAGGUCAAGGAUUACAGCAUAGUCAAUCUGAUGCUUCUCCAGCGCAUUGGAUCUUUUGAUUUACUUUGAAUUUUCUUGCAUUCCAUGUUAAAUACCCUGCAAACCAGGACAAGUUGAAUUAGCUCUGGUGCCCUUCUUUUUUUCCCCCCAAGUGUGGGGGUUCUAGGGCGUUGGUGAUCUGUGAUGAAAUCAACCUUUGACAAUCUGUUGAUUGCCCAAUGAGCAUGCCAAAAUAUUCUUGAGUCAAUCUCCACUUGUAUUCCUAACACAUACGGAUUGCCUUUGAGCAAGUUCAAAUUCAAUUAGUCAUCUUUCAUGCCUAUUA